AAACGCGCAAGUAACGGUCACACAAAACCCUAAAUCCAAUAUUUAUCCCUGGGAAUUCCCUUAGAAAAUCGCAAUGCGAUGAAUAGAUGCGACUUUUUUCUUCGAUCAUUUGAUCAGCCUUCGUUUACGCUCCACCACUUUGUCAGUGUUCGUUCGAGUUUAACUUUGUUAUAUCUCGCAGUACUGAUCGGUGGCUUUUGAAUCCACCAUCGACUUCAAAUGGGAAAAUUGUGCUGGUUAGCCAAAUCAAUUGUGCAGAGCUCGCUGUGUCGGCGUUCUUUUUUGUACCAUACGGCUGUAGAAUCAUCGUUUCAUCAAGGUGUCUUGCGUGGUACCGCGUCAGCAUCUCAGCAAAUGCUUCACCAUCGAACUUUGCACAAUUGCAGUUUUGGUGGAAAACAUGCUGACUUGGUUACCAGACGAAUGCUACAAUCAUUGCGUUUUAUUCAUGCCACAGGAGUUUGCUACUCAACCGAACGAGAUUACUAUGAAAUUCUUGGUGUCUCUAGAGAUGCCAAUCGCAAUGAGAUUAAGAAGGCUUUUCAUGAACUUGCUAAGAAGUAUCACCCAGAUGCAAAUAAGAGUAAUCCUUCUGCGAAAAGGAAGUUUCAAGAAAUAAGAGAUGCUUAUGAGAUCUUGCAAGAUUCCAAAAAGAGAGCACAAUAUGAUAGGAUGAAGGAGAGCUCUAGGAGUUCAGAGAAUGUAGAAUAUCCUGCUGGGGAUGCAGAGGGGUUUGGAUAUGCUCAUAGAACUCACUUCUCCGAUUCAUUCCAUAAAAUAUUUUCUGAGAUCUUUGAAAACGAGGCCGAAAAUUUUGCCACUGAUGUUCAGGUGGAGCUGUCACUCUCUUUUUCUGAAGCUGCAAGAGGAUGCACCAAGCAUCUGUCCUUUGAUGCGAGUGUCCCUUGUGAUUCUUGUCAUGGGCUUGGUUACCCUCUCAAUGCACAGAAAAGAAGUUGUCCAACUUGUGGAGGCAUUGGGAGUGUUACGAUUCCUCCAUUCACAUCAACAUGCAGUGCUUGUAAAGGAUUGGGCUACAUUAUUAAGGAUUUCUGCAGGUCAUGCAGAGGAUCAGGGAUGGUUGAAGGAGUCAAGGAUGUUAUGGUUAAAAUACCGGCAGGUGUCGAUUCUGGGGAUACGAUCCGUGUACCAAAAGCUGGUAAUGCUGGAAGACGAGGAAUUCAACCCGGCAGCCUAUUCAUAAUACUAAAGGCACAGUAUUACUGAUUCUAGUCUAAAUUCCUUAAUGCUUAGCUUUGAAAUGCUUUGUGAUGAUUGUUUGCAAUUACUAUUUACUUCGCAAUACCUUUGCUUGAAGAUUAUUAUCAUAAUUAUUUUUUGAGUAGUUGUUUGAUUAGUGGUUUUGAGGCUAGUGGCUGCAAUAUGGAUGUCUGAUAGUUUAUCUGCAGGAUAACAGGUCACCUUGCUUUUUAGUGCCCUAAUGUUCAAGUGGUGCUACUGAAGUAAAUCAUGCCAUACUCUGUAGUAAAAAACUGAUAACCUUCAGCUUAAAACUUACUGCUACACUCUCCCCCCCAAAAAAAAAAAAAAAAAAAACAAUUCCCCGUAUGCACGCAUGUGUGUGUGUAGUGCUUAGCAGCUUGCCUUCUGACUUAGAAAAUGAAAUAACAAACUUGUUAAGAGUUUGGAAUGAAGUUAUUAUAUACCUUUCAUUGAAUAAGUGGGCCAAUUAUAAGCAACUUUUUUAACAAUUUACAGACCUUUUCUGUCGCUGAAUUUUGGCCUUCCCCUAAUUGUGACAAAGGUGCCUUGUUGUUUGAAUGCUUCCACAUGUGCUACCAUAAGAGUCAAAAAAUGUUAAUGGCCAUUGUAAUUUCUUAUAUAUUUAUACUUCAUAUUGUGGGUUGCUCCUGCGUUUCUACAAGAGCAACUUUGUUCUUACGAGCUUUGCCAUUCCAAGGGUCCGUUUCUGUGUAAACAAUGGUAGAUUACCUUUUUAUAUGCGUAGAAUUAAUAGUUGUAUUGAUUUUGAGGCAGUCCAACCUAUAUCAUAGUUGAGGGCAUUAUGGUUGUAAAUAAAGAUAAUGCUCAUGUUUUGUGCUGUCUAUACUUUGUUUACGUCAUUUAGUCCUUUUUGACUAAACAAUGUCUAGUUAGCUGGACAUUGGGCUGUCAAAUAUGUCGGGUUAAACAGUUACGUAUCGGGUUAAACGGGUGACGGGUAAAAAACCUGUACACGACACGUUUAAUAAGCGGGUAAAAAAUUGAAACACGAACACAAACCGUUUAAUAAACGGGUAACACGACACGACUCGUUUAACACGUCUA